UGCCAGGCAGGGUUGGAGUCCCGCCCUCUCGGCCGGUAACCCAAAACCCCAGGCCCCGGGCCGGUGGCCAGCGGCCAGAGGAGCAGCAGUGGCGGUGGCUGCGGGAGGAAGAGGAGGAGGAGGAGGAGCAGCUGGCCGUCAGCAGGGGACCCAAGCGGGAGCCGGUGGCGACGGUGGCGGAGGGCACCUCAGGGCCCGGGGACCACGGGGCUCGGCAUGGCGGCCCAGGGCUUCCCGCAGGAGAUACAGUCCCUGGGCCAGAAGUUCUUGCUGCGGCUCAAGCAGCUGCCCCAGGCGGAGCCGGUGGAGAUCGCCGCCUUCUCCGUCAUCCUCCUCUUCAUCGUCACCUUGCUGCUGCUGUUAGGGAUGGCGUGCUGCUGCUGCUGCUGCAGCUUCUCGCCCAGCUUCCGGACUGAGCGGCGGGCCAGGAAGCCCUAGGCCAGGCCAAUCGGGCCACUGCGACUGGAGAGGAUGCCGGCGGCAGCCGGGGCUGCCACCUCCCCUGCCACCCUCCGCCACCCCGGCUGCCCAAGCUCCCGGAGACAGACGUCCAGGGAUGGUUCCCUUCUUCCAGGCACAAAUGCCUCGGUCCAGCAUCCCGUUGUGGCUGCCAUAGCUGGACAUGACCCCAGGACGCUGACCGUGCCCAGGUCAGAGGGCGCUACCCUGGGGGUUAAGAGGAUCCCUCUACCUGCAGGCCAGGGCAGAGGAACGCUCAGGGAGCGUCCAUCCUACCAAUGGCAGGGAGGACUCUUCUGCCCACGGAAGGGCAGCGAGACAUCUCUGGUACCCCCUCGGUUCCCAUAAGAGAAGAACCAGUGCCCGUUUGGCUCCUGGAGGAGAGGAGUGCCAAUAGGUGUAGUGCCACAGCUACCGAGGCAGGCUUCCUGGUGAAGCUGCUUCCCGGCCCUACAGGCCAAUAGGCCACUUGCGGGGCUUUGCUUCUUUCUUUAGCAAUAAAUGUGUUUUGGUUAUGGAC